AUGAAAUGCAUUACCUGUAAACUCACAGAAUCCCCCGAUACUGCCGAUCAAGCCUGCACAUACGAUGAGCUACUACAAGCAGCUCAGGCCGAUUGUCCCCGAUGUACGUUUGUUUUGAAGUGCAUCAGGACAGGAGCAGCACACAUCGAAGUCGGGGACAUCUUGCAAGUGGCGGCUAGUUCUGAUGGCUACGUUACGAUUCACUGGUCCGGUGGGGAGAUCUCGUUGGAGGUUUUCAACGAACAUGGCAAGUCUUUAUCAUCUAAGCUUCUCGACGACGAGGGGUCACGACGAAGCGUUGAAGGCGCUGAGCUGGGCAUUAGACGGUUGCGUCUAGGUCAUUUCCCCAGCACUACAGAAUUUCAGACAACAACCACCACAAUCCAGUCUUGGAUAAAAGAGUGUGUAGGUACGCACGAAGGUUGUCGGUCCCAGAUCCAAGAUCAGUCUGCCUCCUUCACAUGUCCAAAGAGACUGCUCGACCUGAGUAAUGGAACCCUGGUUCUACGAGAGAAUCUUGGACAAAAUCUGCGCUACGCGUGCCUGAGCCAUUGCUGGGGCAAGAUCAAUAUUGUUAAGACGACGACACAAACAAUCGGCAGUUUCAAAACAGAAGUGCCCUUAGAUCAACUGUCGAAAACGUUCCGCGAUGCUGUUGACAUAUGUCGCGGUCUUGGAAUUAUCUAUCUUUGGAUUGACUCGCUUUGCAUCAUCCAGGACAGCCCAGAAGACUGGAGAGAACAAGCAGCACAGAUGGCAGAUGUUUAUCAGCAUUCAUUCCUGACUAUCGCAGCUACAAAGUCCCAUGAUGGAUCCCAAGGUUGCUUUUCGGAGACUAGCCAUCAAUACGUGGCCAAGUUGCUUCCUGGAUAUCAAGACAUUUAUGUCCGUCAACGGGCACCACUCUUUCCAGAUCACUGGACACAACUAGACAAGAACAAUAAUUACCCCCUGCUGAAUCGUGCAUGGAUUUAUCAAGAGAUGAGACUGUCGCCACGGGUAUUGCACUUUUGCAACGAGGAAGUCAUCUGGGUGUGCCGAAAUUCACAACGUAGUGAAACCGGAUGUAACGAUAUGGAUUAUAACGACGGCAAGAGCUUUAAGCCAACCCUGUUCGCUUGCGUGGAUAAAGCCCCUCGUGACAAGGACCAGUUCACAUGGCACCGGUCAGUUCAGGAGUACUCCAGACUGAAUGUGACCUAUGAAUCAGAUAAGACGAUAGCGCUAGCUGGAGUUGCUCAACGCAUGCAGCACAUCCGACCGGGUGAUAGAUAUCUGGCUGGCAUCUGGGAGAAACACCUCCCACUUGAUCUUCUAUGGAUGGUCUGGCCUACGCCAGAGGUCAGAAAACCGAGACUUUCAAGAUAUCCUUCGUGGUCCUGGGCUUCUGUCUCGUCACAGAUAAUGUGGGAUGGGAUCUGGAGCCCGCUUCGUUCCGUGACAGUCCGGGAUGUGAGCUAUAUCUCUGACGGUCCAAGCCACAUGGGAGACUGCUCAACGUCUUCAAUCACCUUACAGGCUCCCCUGAUAGAUGUGAAGUCCUUACUGUCAACCCAGGUCACACCAAUGAGGGUCUGGAAUGGCAAGAUCAGCAACACAGUCACACCGUUGGAAGACAUUCGCGUCGAAGAACUUUGUGUUAACGACUAUAAGCCCGAUAGCCCUUCAGAUGGAUCAGCGCCUACAGGAUGGCCCCCUGCCAUUGGAGGAUUCGUUAUACCACUUGGUGUGAAUGUCGAAGGCAAUUUUACUUUCUGUGGUAUCCAUGUUGUCAAAAAGCUGGGAAGUGACGGCUAUGAGCGAGUUGGCCAUGUUGGGAUCAGCCAUAAUGCUUUAUUAAUAAGCAAUUACACCAAAUUCUCGCAACGCCUAAAGAAAGAUGAUACUUUGCGAGAGCCAAGCAUGGAGACUCUGGAGAGCACUUCCAGAGCCUACGCUCAUCGUAUAAAAGCGCUGCUGGAAGGUUUGCAGGUCUCAGAUAUUGUCUUAGUGUAG